AUGCUCGAUGAAAACUUGUCAUGUUUGUUAGACGAGAGCGAUGACGACUGCGCCAGAAAAAAUGAAGUCAAAAGGAGGAAGCAGGAGCUGCGCCAGAAGAGCAGCGGCAUGACCAAUGAGAGUGGUGGGGAGUUUUUCCCCACGUCUAUCCUAAACUUUAACAUUCGCAACAUAGGGAAUUUGAAUAAUUUUUUUAAAAACACCAGUGGCGAGUUCGGCAUUGUUACACACUAUAAGGCCGCGAUCCAGGGCACCGCUUCGCGCACGUCGACUUCGCUGCCGCCAAGUGGGGAAGCCAACCAAAACGGAAACGCGCUCAACAGGAAAAAUGAACAUCUGAGGAAAAGUUCGAACAGUAAGACUUCUGUGGGGGGGAAAAAUGGAACAAUCGCAGCGGCAAACGCCGCGAAGGUGGUCGACAAAGAUGCAUGCAGUGAGCGAAAUGGGAGGUGCGGUAGCCACUCUUUAAAUUAUUUCCCACCCCUAGAAAUUGAGAAGCAAGAAGUUGCGAAAAGGAAAAAAUUGGAGGCUUCUUCCCAGGGCACCGCCAGCAUUGUACACCCGCACGCGGGGCAAGCGAAGCAUGACGGCAAUGGCGGCAAUGGAAGCAAUGGCAGCAAGGUAACCGAGGGGAACCCUGGUGCGGUGGAAAAUACCAUCGAGCGGAAUGCUGCCCAUUUGAGGGAAAACGCUGGCGUGCGCGAAGGGGAGGCGGCCAAACCGCUCGCCCCCGCGACCAGCGUGAGCGGAAAGAAGAGGCCCCCAGAAACCAGCCUGUACACUGAGCUGUUCAAGGCAGGCGAAGCGCGAAAGGGAGAUGCGGCAGGUGCGGGAGAGGCAAACGUGGCAGUGACCAAGAGCGGUGCAAAGCCAAAUGAAGAGGGAAUACUGAAGAAGCGCAACGUAAGGGCAGAAGGAACAGAACGUGCGAGUGCAUCCUUGCAUGGAGAAAAGAAAGUCACCUGGUCCAAUGGAAGAAGCUCCAAUCGUGUGGUACGGUUUGUCACCAAUGAGGAUGGAAAGGAGUUGCCACCUCGGAUGAGCAGCAAGGACGCAACGAAAGGAACUCAAAUUUCGAGCAAGGCGAAAUGGUGUAGUAGCAGUAGUAGGAACGCCAGUGCAGCGCCGGCGAUGGGAACAAAUUCUGCCGCAUCCAUUUCUGUGUUAAGUGGCGCCCCUAAGCUGAACCCAAUAAGAUACACCUCGGAGCCGUCAGACAAAUGCUUAGAAGCAGACCCACUUGCUCAAAAAAAUAAAAUUGAAAAAAGGAAAGAGUUAAUUUUUUGCUUUUCAUUUAUAAAGUACCACUCUUGGGUGAAGGCGCUAAAAAUUCUGAACCUGCCGUUGGAUCCCUUCCACUUGAGUAUAAACGCGCAUAGGUAUGUGACGGAGGGGGGGGAGGAGCAGCCUGGCCAGGAUGAUAAGACCUGGGAUAAGAGCGAAACCCAAAUGGCGUGCGCGCCUAGCCCAGACUCGCACGAGGCAGACGCAGCGGUAAGCGGCCCCAGUAGCGCCACACUGAGCAAUAGGCUGUGCAAUAGGCUGUGCAACAGGGCUAGCGAAACGGCUAGCGAAACGGUUGGCGAAACGGCUGGCGGCACCCCCUCCUUCCUGUACACCCACAACAUCCACAACAUUUUGAGAAACAAGCGGUUCGCAAACUACCGCAUCGAAAAAAUGAUGGUGAUCGUCAAGAGCAUCAGGUGCAGGAGUCACGGGUACUUCAUAGUGGCCAUGGACCCGUCUGGCCAAAUGCCAGCCUCCAUACAUAAGGAGGUCGAGAAGGAAUACAAGAAACACAUAAACAUUGGCUCCACUCUAAUUCUAAAAGACGUCACAGUGUUCGAAACGAUAGAUAACUUCCCCUAUUUGAUUAUAACUCUCCGGAGCCUCGUGCGGGUCAUCAGGGCGGAGGAAACGAGUUACGCCGCGAAGGAGGACAUCCUCAAGGGCCUUCGCGGGGGAAAGCGCCGCCCGGCAGAUUAG